GACAAGGGCACGUGUGCGUCGGCCGUUUCCCGUCGCCGCCGCCAUCUUGCGUGUGCCCCGCCCGCCCGCCUUCCCGCGGCUCCCCCGGGCCGGUGCCGCCCCCGCCCCCGCCCCCCGCGCUCGGGAGCCGUGUGCCCGCGCUCGGCCGUCCCGCUCGGGCCUUGAGGCCGCCCCUCACCAGCGUCCCCGGCCCGGAACACGCGGUCCCCGCCGCGCAGGGCCGGGCCCGGGCCGGGGCUCGCACCUCCCUGCAGCGCGGCCGGGGCCGGGGGGGAGGGCUCCCACCCGCACACGGCCCACAGCCCGGGCCCGGCCGGGGAGACCGCUCCUGGGGAGCCCGUGGCAGCUGUGGGCCUCCCCUGCCCGGCAGGAGCUGGAUGAGCAGGACCCAGCGGGGGCUGAGGGUGCAGAAGUGCCUCGUGUCGUCCAGACCGGAGCCAGUCCAGCACCGAGAGCUGUGGGGCAGGACGCGACGCAGGCCAUGCAGCCCCCUUGCGAGGCCGAGCUGCCCUCCGCGACCCCACAGCUGGCAGCGCGGGAUGAGCUCCCCACCCCAGAGCCCUGGCGCCAGCUCUUCCGUGGCCUGCGCUACCGGGAAGCCGAGGGCCCAGGGAAGAUUUGCAGCCGCCUGCGGGAGCUGUGCCGGCGCUGGCUGGAGCCCCAGCACCGCAGCAAGGAGCAGAUGCUGGAGCUGGUGGUGCUGGAGCAGUUCCUGGCCAUCCUGUCUCCGGAGAUGCGGAGCUGGGUGUGCGGGUGUCACGUGGAGACAUGUGCCCAGGCCGUGGCCCUGGCCGAGGGGUUUCAGCUGGGGCAGGCGGAGGAUGAGAAGCUCCAGGUCACGGCGCGUGUGAAGGUCGAGGAGGGGUCGUCGGACCAGAUGCAGCCCCCGCGGGCCCUGACGGAGCCUGGUGAUUCCUGGGGGCAGCAGCCAAAUGCCCAUGGUGAGGACAGGUGUCUGGAGGAGGCAGGAGAGCGGGAAACCCCAGGGCCCGAGGAUGAACUGCCCCAUGUCCCCGAAGAGGAGCCCCCGCCCAACCCGGAGCCAGGUGCUGGGACCCUGAGCAGAGCGGAUCAGCAGCCUCCAGAGGAAGGGCCUGUAAACCUGGAGCCGCAGAGACCCUCCCCAGGGAGACGGGGACAGAGCGGCUCCCUGACACCUGGGCCGGGCCAGCUGCAGGAGGGGCAGGGCAGGCCGGCGAAGCAGGGGCAGAGCAUGGAGCUCUCGGAGGUGUUUGAGGACGUGGCAGUGUACUUCACACGGGAGGAGUGGGAGCUGCUGGAAGAGAAGGACAAGGGGCUUUACCGGGACCAGAUGCUGAGGAACUACCAAGCCCUCCUUUCCCUGGGAUAUCGAGGCCCUGCCCCUGAACUGAUCUGCCGCAUCCAGGGAGGACAGGUCGAACUCUGGGUCUGUGGUGAUGAGGACCGUGGGGCAAUCUCGAGGUCGGAGGACUUGCUGCCAGGACAUGCCUGGUUACUGAGCAGAACCGAGGAGCAGGGUCCUGAGGAAGGGCCUGGAAAGCUGGAGCCAGCAUGGGCUUCCCUGGGGAGUAUGGGUGAGGUGGAUUCCCUGAGACCAGCGAAGGACCAGUGGCACAAGGGCCAGGGGAUGCCCCCAAAGCAGGAGAAUGUAGCAGCGAACGAGGUCCCAUCUCUAGUUGGGCAUUGGAGUGAAGAAGGGAAAGAAGCCCGAAAGAGCCCAGGGUGCAGGGAUGAAUAUGUCAUGCUGAGACACCAGAAGAGGCAGAAAGGAAAGGUCCACUGGAGAGAGACACUGCAUGCAAACCAAGGCAGUGUGGGGGGCCUCAGAGGGAAGCAGGAGCCCACCACCAAGCGCAGGGGGAGAGACCACUCCUGCCCUGAGUGCAGGAAAAGUUUUAGCUGCCCCUUGCGCCUGGCUCUGCACAAGAUAAAGCAUGCUGGGGAGAAGCCCCAUGUUAGCACCAAGUGUGGGAAGAGCAUGACCAGCCUCUCUGUGCAGAGGAUGCAGCAGCCACACGGCUGCACAAGGUGUGGGAAGAGCUUCAGGCAGCCCUCCAGUCUAGCCAGGCACAGGUGCAUACACGCAAGGGAGAAGCGUCAUCCUUGCUCUGUGUGUGAGAAGAGCUUCAUCUCCUUGUCCAAACUGGCUCGACACCAGCUUACCCACACGGGGGAGAAGCCACAUAAGUGCUCUGAAUGUGGGAUGAGCUUCGCCCAAUCCUGCAACCUGAAUGUGCACCAGCGCAUCCACACUGGGGAGAAGCCACAUCGCUGCUCUGUGUGUGGGAAGAGUUUCACCUACCCCUCCCACCUGGCCCGGCAUCAACUGAUCCACGAGCAGGCGAAGCCACGUCAGUCCUCUGAGUGUGGGAAGCACUUCACCCAUUAUGGCAACCUGACCCAGCACCAGGGCAUCUGCACCGGGGAGAAGCCAAAUAAGUGCUCUGUGUGUGGGAAGAGUUUCACCUGGUCCUCCUACCUGGCCCAGCAUCAGCUGAUCCACGAGGCAGAGAAGCCACAUCAGUCCUCUGAGUGUGGGAAGCACUUCACCCAAUCCUUCUCCCUGACCAAGCACCAGCGCAUCCACACAGGGGAGCAGCCACAUCAGUGCUCUGAGUGUGGGAAGAGUUUCACCUGGUCUUCUGCCCUGGUCCGGCAUCAGCUGAUCCACAUAGGGGAGAAGCCACAUCAGUGCUCUGUGUGUGGGAAGAGCUUCACUCAAUCCUCCUCCCUGACUGUGCACCAGCGCAUCCACACUGGGGAGAAGCCACAUCAGUGCUCUGUGUGUGGGAAGAGUUUCACCUGGUCUUCUUCCCUGGUCCGGCAUCAGCUGAUCCACAUAGGGGAGAAGCCACAUCAGUGCUCUGUGUGUGGGAAGAGUUUCACCUGGUCCUCCGAGCUGGUCCGGCAUCAGCUGGUCCACACAGGGGAGAAGCCACAUCACUGCUCUGUGUGUGGGAAGAGCUUCACUCAAUCCUCCUCCCUGACCAAGCACCAGCGCAUGCACACGGGGGAGAAGCCACAUCAGUGCUCUGUGUGUGGGAAGAGCUUCACCCAAUCCUCCUCCCUGACCAAGCACCAGCGCAUCCACACAGGGGAGAAGCCACAUCAGUGCUCUGUGUGUGGGAAGAGUUUCACCUGGUCUGCCCUGGUCCGGCAUCAGCUGAUCCACAUAGGGGAGAAGCCACAUCAGUGCUCUGUGUUUGGGAAGAAUUUCACCUCAUCCUACAGCCUGGUCCAGCAUCAGCUGAUCCACACGAGAAAGAAGCCACAUCAGUGCUCUGAGUGUGGGAAGAGUUUCACCUCGUCCUCGUCCUUGACCGUGCACAAGCGCAUCCACACAGGAGAGAAGCCAUAUCAGUGCUCUGAGUGUGGGAAGAGCUUCAUUCAUUCCUCCUAUCUUGCCAAGCACAAGCGCAUCCACACAGGGGAGAAACCAUAUCAGUGCUCUGUGUGUGGGAAGAGCUUUGCGCGAUCCUCCUACCUAGCCCAGCACCAGCGCAUCCACAAAGAAGAGAAGCCGCGUCAUUGCUCUUAGUGUAGGCAGAGCUUCGCCUACUCCUCCAGGUUGUGCCGAACACCAGUGCAUCUACACAGGGGAGAAGCUACAUGGGUGCCCUGAGUAUUGGAAAAGCUUCAGCCAUCUCUCCCACCCCUCCUGGAAUCAGCACAUGCACACCCAGAAGCAUCCCUAGUUCUGCCAGCAGUGCAGGAAGGGCUUGGAGAUGUCUGCCUGCUCAGCACCCACCAGUGCUGCAUUCAGUCAAGCACCCCCAUGCCGGUGGAGUGCAGAAAGAUUUUGUUCAGGCUGUGCCCCUUGUAGGGUACAGUGGGAAUCCAGAGCCCAGAGGCUGGCCCACAAGAAUUGAUUGUGGGGAGAGUCUAAGAAGAAACACCUCAGGUAGAAGUCAGCCUCCAUGCGGGGCAAGGAGAAGAGGAGGAAAUGAUCUUGCAUCAGCCUUGGAGCCUGUGCAUUCCCCAUCCUUCUCUAAAAGCAAAUAGUACUCGCAGGGGAAGAAGUGCCUUAACGGUAGGGUGCCCUCCCCAAGACAGCUGGCGUGAAAUGACACCCAGGGACUUUCCGUGGCUGCCUCCCAGCUUUCUCCUUCCUCCUGGUCCAGGGCUUCUGGCAUAUCAGCCCCUGAGUUGCAGGGAGCAGUGCAUUUCUGGCUGGGCAGCAUUCCCUACCCUCUUCCCUGACCUCGCCUUUCCUCAUCCCCACAUCACCCCUUUCCCAGACCUGCGCAUGCCCAGUAGGGUCCGCCAGGAGCUGCUACUGCCACCCCCUGAGCUGUUUGUUAGACCUGACUCUACGCAAUGCCCCAAACUAGGGAGGCAGUGGAUCGAUGCACAAAUUGCUUGUCAACUGCUUUAUUCCAAGUGGAGACAGCUUCGGGCCAGCUUCAAUAAACAGGGGAGCUGCAGUGAA